AUGAGCGCACCCUCCGAGACCGUUCCACCCACCCCUUCUAGCAGCAGCACCGUGCCUCCUGUCGCAGCCAAUAAACCGCCUCACGUCCUAAUUGGUGGUGCUGGUCUGGCUGGCCUUUUCCUCGGCAUCCUUCUAGAGAGAGCUGGGAUCCCCUAUGAGAUCUUCGAACGUUCUGCUGAACCCAGGCCACUUGCAUUCGAGCAGCUCGGCUUGUUGGACGAGCUGUUGUCGUUCUCCAAGCCCUCGUUUGGCGUAGCAAUGUUGACCGAUAAGUUGAAGCUCAUUGGCAAAAUAGUCGCCAAUUGUACUGACCUCAUUGGGUAUGACCGCGUACUCUUUGCUCGUCCUGAGCUGCACGACAUGCUGUUCAAGAAGAUUCCCAAGGAAAAGAUCCAUAUGUCAAAGAAAAUUGUUACACUUGACCAAGAUCAAGAUGGCGUUACCGUGACCUUUGACGACAACACCACUGCCCGCGGCGACAUCCUUGUCGGAGCCGACGGGGCUCACAGUGCAGUUCGUCAGCACUUGUACAAGACCUUGGAGAAGGAGAGCCUUCUCCCCAAGGCCGAUACCAAGGAUAUGAGCAAAGGUUACAUUUCCCUCCUAGGGACGACCAGUUCCCUCGACCCCCUCAAGUACCCUGGUGUCUUGGAGAAGGACUCCGAGGCAUUUUAUAUGAUCGGAGACAAGGACACACCCUAUACUUGGGUGACCUUUACCGUCCCAGGCAAUAGAAUUUGCUGGAAUGUUGUCAUUCAGCUUGGACUUUCAUCUACCGCAGAUGAACACGCAUCGUCGUCGGACUGGACUAAUCAAGACAACAAGAAGAUGUUGGAUGAAAUCCGUCACUUCAAGACCCCUUAUGGCACCAUGGGAGACCUGUUUGAUGUGACCGACAUUGAGAAGGUCUCCAAGGUCUAUUUCGAGGACAAACUCUUCGAGACCUGGACGCAUGGACGAACCGUUCUUAUCGGCGAUGCUGCUCACAUGCUUCUUCCAAGUAGUGGAGCAGGAGCAGUGAACGCCAUGCAAGACGCAGUCCUCCUCGCCAACCACAUCUACGACAUCAAGCUCACCAGUGUUGGCAACAUCAAGGUCGCACUGAGCGACUACAAGAACGAGCGUUUCGAGGCCAUCAAGGACCAGUAUCCUCAGUCGCACAUCAGUGCCAAACUCAUCUUUGGACAUACGCUCUGGGAGCGCAUUAUCAGAUACAUGGUGUUCAACUGGCUGCCAAAGUGGCUCCAACAUAAGCAGCUCUUGAAGGAUACUGCCUACCGCCCUCAGGCCAAUUUCUUACCACAGGCUCCCAAGCGCGGAACUAUGGAUACGAUUCCUCAAAAUCCUUCGAAACACAUCCAGAGAGAGAAGGGGGAGCAGGAGACCAAAAAGAGGGCGGCUGUUUCAGCUAUUUGA